AUGAAUUCAGUUUUAAAUCCCGAGGCUCCUGAGUUUUAUCCGCAUCUGACAUCAGUUACACAGGGAGGUUAUACAAGUAUCAAUAAAACUAUAAGAUCUUCAAAUAAUUUUCCUUCAGGAACUUCUUUAGAGUUAUUCAAAACAUUUACUGAUUUUAAUUUUGUAACAUGCAAGCUAAGUGAAAGUGUUGUUGUACAAUCAAAUGAAAUAAUAAUCACAGAGUUACCAGCUGUGAAGCUAAAAUUCAAUGAUAAUGAUUACAAUACAGAAAAAAUUGUUGAUGCCAAUGACAGUAUGUUGGACAGAAUUAAUAUUAACAUUGACAGCAUAUGCAAGGUGAACAAAUCCAGCGACCAACUUGUUGAUGUUAUUGAAAAUGGUUUCAAAGUGUCUUCAUGGAAUAAAACACCAGUAAUUGCAAAAAUACAGGUUGGAUCUGCAAUGUUCAUUGGUGCCAAAAACAUCCCUCGUCCGCAGUUAACUUUUAAGGACACCAUUGACAACUCUGAAAGCUUAUGGGUGCCAAAAAUUUCAGACAAACCUAACAACAUUAAGCCGCUUGCUUUAAAUAUUCUUUAUAAUGAAGAAGGAGAGGCUGUGGGAUAUGAACAUCCAUACAAAGUAGAAUUAGAGUUGUAUCACCCCCCAUCAAGUUUUAUUGACCCCGACCCUGAGCCACCUUCCUUUCCACCACCUUUGGAGAAAACAAAGUUGACUUACAUAGACACGGAGUCGCAAGUCGACGCACUCGUAAAGCACCUCAACGAUGUGAAGGAGUUGGCUGUCGAUGUGGAACAUCACUCUUACAGAACUUACCAAGGCAUCACAUGUCUGAUACAAAUUUCGACGAGCGAAGGCGACUUUAUUAUCGACGCGCUAGCAGUGCGUGAACACAUUCACAAGUUAAACUUAUCCUUCACUGACCCGAAAAAAGUGAAAGUUUUCCAUGGCGCCGAAAUGGAUGUUCUUUGGUUGCAAAGAGACUUUGGCGUCUACAUAGUAGGACUAUUCGAUACGCACCAAGCGGCUAAAGUGUUAAAAAUAUCAGGGUUGUCACUCAAGAGCCUGCUUAUGCGAUAUUGCCAAGUAGAUGCCGAUAAGAGAUACCAACUUGCGGACUGGCGCAUUCGACCUUUACCAGACGAGCUGGUGAAAUAUGCUCGUAUGGAUACGCACUACCUGUUGUACAUCUGGCGAAGGAUGAAGAAUGAACUGUUGGAAGCAGCAUCGGGUCAGCCACAUCUAUUGUUAUCUGUCUUCGAACAGAGUCGGCAGAUUUGUGGAGUGACAUACAACAAAGAAGUGGUCCACGAUAACAGUCAUCUGGGUCUCUACGUGCGCUCCAAGAAAUCGUUCAACUCACGCCAAAUGGCUGCACUCAAAUUACUUUAUAAAUGGCGCGACUCACAAGCGAGGGUUCUGGACGAAAGCACCACUUACCUUUUACCGAACCACAUGCUGCUAUCGCUCGCUGAGGCACUUCCCCGCGAAGUGCAAGGUGUUAAUGCGUGCUGCAGCCCUAUGCCGCCAUUCGUCAAGCAAAACCUCAUCGCCAUACACAGAAUGCUGCUCUCGUGCCGCGAGCUGCCGAUGGAACCACAACUCUUCCAAAUGCCGCAGAGCAUUAGCAGCAUGGUCAACGUCGCGCAUCAUCCACUGAUUUCUUACAACGUGCACGACCUCACACAUUACCCAGAAUUCAGUGAGGAUCAACCGAUAAAUUUAGAUCAAGCGGCAGAGUGCAUUGAAAAUUACAUCGACUUUCAACCCGACAUUAACGCUUUUAAGCCGACAUCUGAUAGUGAGACGGGCAACAUAGUAUCCAACUUAAAUGUCGACGCCAAAUUAUUUAUUCCACCAUUUGAUAGGUACAGAAAGUACCGAACACUUGCUCAGAUGGAGGAGCUUAAGGAGUUUAAAGACAAAGAAGCGAAAAUUGCAGCCAUUGGUAAAGGCAAUGAGCUGAUCAAGAAAGAAGUACUAAUAAAACUCCAAGAAGCGAAGGCUCUUGUUGAGGCCGAAGAAAAAUCUGAAACGGACAAACCCGAUGCAGCGACCGAGGUCGAUAAUGACGAGAAUGUGAUUCAAAAAACUGUUCAACGCAAAAGGAAAAUAUCUUCCGAUAAGCGAGAGCGCAAGGAUUCUGUAGCGGAAGCUACGAAAGAGGACAAAACUGAAAACAAACCCAAGAACAACCAGCAAAACAAAAUGAAGAACAAAUCUGAAAUAAAAAGUAAUGUAACACGAUUCAACUACAAAAAUGUGAAUUAUAAAAAGUUCUAUAACGAAAAUGAGAAAGUACUCAAACAGCCGAAGAUGAAGUUUAAAAAACAUAAAUAG